GCGGGGAGGGGAGGGAGCGGCCUGUGCGCGAGAAGCCGUCUGGCGGCGCGCGGGCUCUCGCGUCUCUCCGCGCGGACAGGUCGAGCUCGGUUCCAGCCCCGACCAGGGCCCCGCAGCCGCCGCGCCGGGCUCGUCGCUACCGCCGCCGCCUUCCCCCCGCCUCCCUUCUCCCGCCCCUUCUCGCUCCUUCCCGUCCCCCCGGCCCGGUGUGUGGGAGGCGCCGGGCCCGCUCGGAAGAACGCCGACGCGCUCAAUGCCCAGGGUCUUCUGUUGGAAUAUACGUCGCACAUUUAUGGCGAUUCUGAGCGUGAGGGCAGACUUCUGCCAGGCCCAGCACAGCAUCCUGGCUGACAAGUGAGCUGAGUGCAAGGGGCUUCUGCGUGCCAUAAUUCUUUUGCCUUGAAGACUCCAGACACAGCGAACCCACUCAAAUAUAUGGGAUAUCUUCUGCCCAUUGGAAGCAUAUUCCUUUUACUGACUCUAGCAAAACUAAGCCUCAAGAAAACAAAGUGGAGAGAAAAUCUGCCCUUACUUUUUUUUGCCUCACCAGUGCCUAAAUGUAGAGCAGGCUGCCUAGUCUUGCAUGUAGUCAGAGCUGUUGGGAGUCUGAAGGAUACCACCUGCAGUAACUGAGGCUGAAGUUGAGCUCAAGAGGAUCCUGAAGCAAACCUGCUUUUCUGGAAGCAAAUUCUUUAAGGAACAAACACGUCAAAGCAAGCUCUGAUCAAUCCCAGGCAUUUUAGUGGUCUCUCUCUCUCCUUUUUUUUUUUUGAUGUUUUCUGCUGUGAAACGUUUCUAAGGUUAUUGAUUUUUAUUUUUUUCCCCUUUUUUUCAUAUUUUUUUCCUUUUUUUGGGCCCCUUUACACAUUUUUUUCCUUUGCCAUUAUGAACCGUCCAGCCCCCGUGGAAAUUACUUACGAGAAUAUGCGUUUCCUGAUCACUCACAACCCAACCAAUGCAACCCUCAGCAAGUUCAUAGAGGAGCUGAAGAAGUACGGAGUGAGAACCUUGGUGCGAGUUUGCGAUGCCACUUACGAUAAAGCCCCUAUCGAAAAAGAAGGAAUCCAGGUUCUAGACUGGCCCUUUGAUGAUGGAGCACCACCCCCCAAUCAGAUAGUUGAUGACUGGCUAAACCUGCUGAAAACCAAAUUCCGCGAAGAGCCUGGAAGCUGCGUGGCUGUGCACUGUGUGGCAGGGUUGGGAAGGGCUCCUGUACUGGUUGCACUUGCUCUCAUUGAAUGUGGAAUGAAGUACGAAGAUGCAGUUCAGUUUAUAAGGCAGAAGAGGAGGGGAGCUUUCAAUUCCAAACAGCUGCUUUACCUUGAGAAAUACCGGCCCAAGAUGCGAUUACGCUUCAAAGACGCCAACGGUCACUGCUGUGUUCAAUAAAACAAACACAACCCCCCCCC